AUGUGCUUUGGAAAACACCAGCUCUUUAGAACAUGUGAUGAAGGCCUGAAGGAGGCGAUUGCGACUAUACUGUGGGUUUCUCCGCGCAUGCAAGCAGACGUUCCCGAGCUUAAGAUUGUCAGGGAACAAAUAUAUCUCAAAUACGGCAAGGAGUUUGUUGACGCUUGCCUCUCGAAUGCGAAUACUGCCGUCAACCCGAAAGUUAUGCGCAAUUUAAAUCUGCACGCACCUCCCUGCAACCUUUGCGAGAUGUACCUUGUGAGUUCACAUCUCUCUACUAGUUGCUGGCUGUCCCAAGCCUGAUUAGUUUCCCUGCCUUGACUCACUUCCUGUAACGUACUAGUCCAGUCAGUAAACUGAGAACUGAGGAUUUCCUGUUGACCACGUUUUUCUGCCUCAUAGUCUUUUUAAUUCCAGUUUCGUUCCGUUGUUUGCUGUCGUCGUGGUUAAAUUGAUAUCUUGUUUACUUCCCCCAAGUCUCUGUUUGGCGAAACGGCAUGAUUUCAUUGGCAGGACCUACAUAGAACUUGUUCUGCCUGCGUCCUCCGCGACUUACUGAAAACAUAUUAGACCUUUGACAAACCGCUAACAUGGUUUUAGUACACAGCCAGUCUUCCGUGGAUUUUUGAUGUGUUCUUCAGACCACCGGUUUUCGAUAUCCACCGCGAAAUUGGAAGGUCACUGUAAUAGCUCGAGACUGCAACCGCAAAAACUACAUUAUCAGUUACAUGUGUGAAUUGCUGCACUAAUCGCCCUAGAAUAGUCCAGUCACCUGCGAAAUUAGCUACUGCUCAGUGGCAAACAACUCGCUAAUCUGAAAGUACAGCUGAGUGAUCGGCGAACUUCGGUUGUAUGGUCGUCAAACCCGUGUUCAUGAUAACGACACUCAGAUUUAUUGUGGCCUGACACUGACGUAACCUCAUUCUAUGACCCAUUCGUUUUAUUUGGCCUAAAUCUUUCGCGAUCGAGUAGAUUUGACAAUAAGUUAGGCACACUAAAGUUGUCCGAAAAAAAAUGAUAGACUCCGAUUACUGACCACCACCGAAAUUAAUUAGGAUGUCUCGGAAAAGCUGAAGAGAAUCGGGAGCUACUCGGCUUGUAAUCACCCUACACCUGCUGUAGAGAGGCUUUACUGCGGAUCCAAACUGUCUGACAUCGGUCGCUGAAGUCGCCAGGAAAGGCUUCGUGACGAAUUUCAGUGUUCCAAGCCCCAGUCGCACAGCAAGCGGAAACAACCUGGAGGUUUGCAUACUGGCACCAUGACCUUCAAAACGCUCUUGGAGUGCGGGAUUGUGGUCACUGGUAGGAAAACAACUCGGUCAUUAAGCUUUCGGGUUAUUCCAUCUUUGUGGGCCGGAUAUCCGUCCAAAGGCCGACUGAAAAACGAGGGCACUUGGCUUACGUCAUGCCCCCGAGACUUCAUAUCCUCCAUUUUAUUCCUUCUCUCGCUCUCUCUUUCGCUCGCUCAUGAACCUCGACUCUUGCUGCAUCCAUGGUAGCCGAUGCGCUCACUCACUUGCAAACUGGCUAUUUUUGAAGACAGCGCGAGCUGUGCAUGACAUGUUGCAAUAUGAGAAUUCUUUUGUUAACUAUGCAGAGUUGACUUGUAUGAGCAUUGGUCGAGUGCAAUUUUGGUGUUGACCUCCUCUAGUUUGGACGCGACAAAUGAUAGCUGACGCACAAUGAAAACGCCAAACGCAGAGAAAUGUCCUCUCUACCAUAGCGCCGUCACUGCCAACCCUAGUUGUCAUGGUGUUACACUUGCUUCGAGUGAUCAAAUCAAAGAUUUACUCCUAUGGCCCAAUUGGUGUCACCGAUGUACGUGUUUUAUGCGUAAUCGUGGUGCUGUCAAGGUCAUAAUUGUUGUAGCAAUCCCCUACGCUAUGUCCUGAUUAUAUGCAAAAAGACAAUGUACGAUGCUCCUCCGGCUAUGAUGCAAUGUGCCCUUGCGUGUUACUUUACCGCGCGGGGAUUGGAAUGAUAGGACAGGAAUUACGAACGGCCGGAGGUUCGUCAAUUUCUCUACUCUGAACCUCGUUGUCGUUACGAUUAUUUGUUUCCAUUACCCUAAGAGGCAUCUGGUUACCUGGCGCUUAAACUGGCCACGUUCGAAAUCGAGUCGACUGCGCACUUGUUCGAGAAGACUUCCCCCGGCAGCGAGAAUAGUUCUGACCAUACCCUUGUGAGGGCCAGCUACGUCCUAGACUGCAUUCUGUCGGGAUGGUCCGACCUUGCGAUUUUACUGAUUUUGCUAUUUUUGCCGUCUCAAUUAUUCUGUCAUCGCCACGGGCAUCUGCCUCAUUGUCUCCAACCAUUUCACCGCAUUUACACCAGUUAGGUGUCGUCAUUUGAAACACUGACUCUAACUGAAGCAUUGGCUCCAUAGUACCUUGCUGAAUGUGUUAGGUUACAGCGGGAAUUACCGCAACGAUUGGAUGCAAAUUGGGAUGAUCGAACUAAGUGGUACUGCAAAAGCCGCUAGCCUUCGUGGUGAGCUUCAUCGGAACACUUAUUUUGCGCGACACCACUUCAACGAACUCUAAACUAUAAUUCUUAAAUUUUGGACAUGCUCAGUCCAAGGCGACUAGCAGAAAAAAAACGAUGAUUUGAUUGCAUAAGGUCUUCUAAAAUUUGGUAGAUCACGGGCUAUUGAUUGUCGUAACAAGAGCAAUCUUGUCACUGCGGCUACCUGCAGACAAAAACGAACCAAUGCGUCUGUCCACUGAAGGUGCAAUUUGCUCUCGUUUUUGCCGAAUUCUCUACUUCCGCCUUCUUGUCGCUCACUCGCUCGAUUCAUGGAUUUAGCUACCCACGGGAAUCUUCCCUAUUUUACCAGACUUUGCAUGAGGUCAUGCCUCCGAAAGUGUUUUACUUGGAUCCAGAUUUGCUUUCACAGAACAAAAAACAGGGCCCAUGCGGGUUGUAAAGAGUAACUUCUUUAAUCCGUCCAGGCAGUGUUCUCCCAGCAACAUCCUAACCACUUGAUGAACCACUUCCUUUGGUCUGCGCUGACAUACCGUCCCAGUGUUAUUGUGCGCCCUGAUCCAUGUAUUACAAGUCAUCAGUACACUGGUAACUUUGCAGUAUCGACUAACUUCUUGAUCGCAAUGUAGUAUAGAGUGUCUGAGUUAAGUGUGGGAACGGCCAGUAUGUGCUGGAAAAAAAAGCUCAGAAGGGAAGACGGUCACUGUGGGUUUCACAGGCAGACCGGCCACCUAGUAAGUCUCGGAAGCUCCUUCUCGGACGGCGGUCUCAGAAAGUCCCCAGUUUUAUCUUCUACGCACGCAGCCUAGCGCGACGCGUUCCUACAUACCCCUGAGGACUCGUGGACAUCCUGCGAGCAGCAUAUAUUCGAGGGAGCCGCUUCGGUUCAAACGUAGUCGAGGUAGAUCGGCUGUUAGGUCUGGUUGCCCUUGUUCUGUCACUUGCAGUCAGUCAAUCCUAUUGCUGAGUGGAUGUUAACGAUGAUAAAGAAAUUUUUAUUCUUCUAAAGGUUGAAAUUUCCCGCAGCUACGAGGUUGACUUCAAACCGGACCCCUACCUCCUUAGUGGCGGCUCCGGUGGCAGUGGUGGAGCCGCAAUGCCGACUGCUCCCCUGGUAAAUCUGGGUGAGCCGCCUGCAAAACCGUCCUAUGACCAUAUCUUCGACCGUGGCCCCGAUUGCAGCAACUUACCCUACCCCAUGGAGCCCUCUAAGGACAUGGACUCGUCUCAUAUGACGAUUCCACCCCUACCGAAGAAGACGGAUGAUGAUUCGGCAUAUAUCGGUACGCACUUUUUUCUCGUUACAGUACACAGAGACAUCGAACAAUGUUUCUCUGAUUCGUUAUUCUUUGUGAUAAUGACUCCAAGCUUGCCUACUAGUUUAUUACAUGUCGUAUGCGCGCCGUUUUCGUAACCAGCCUCUGAUUAUCAACGUAGUCAAAAACAAGCUUGAUUCUCCUUGAGCAUAAGGUAUGCCUCAAAGCCCACUGAGCACUGAGUGAAAUUCUAAAAUUGGCUAUUAAAUUGAGUAGACUUCUUUAGAAAAGUACUGCACCGAGUUCAUUUCUAUGCUCGUUUGGCAGGAAGUUAUUUUUUUAACUUAAUUAUUUCACCGAAAUCAAGCAUCGUCCCUCUCAUUGCAUUUAUUUAGAUUUACAACGUAACCGCUCUUUAGGGACGCACUCAUGAGUCUUCUCCUAUUACUUUGGAUGGCUAUCCGAAAUUUUGAAAAUACUGGAACUUGCCCCGUGAGCAGAUCAAAGAAAGCCAUACCCAUCAUCAGUCAGAUGUCUUAAAAAGCAUCCAGCACAAUAAUAGAGGCUGUUAGACGAGACUAGGACGGCAACCACUUUAGUUCCAUUUAUGGUUUCUUCAACCUGUCACAUCCCAGCCAACACCCGCCGGAAACGACCGUGCGCACACACUAAGCGUGCACUUCGUCAGUGGAGUCUAACUGAGUGGUCGGCCAUAGUGAGAUCGAGUUUAACCGUAUACCCCCAUCGCGCCGCCUCACUAGUCUUUUUGAAGGUCACUUGACCAUCUAUUCACUCAGCAGCAGGCAGGCACCUAGUUACCAAAAUAAGAUAACCGCGAAUUUAGUGGCGGGGCCGUCAAAAGGCGACCUAGGAAAUACCAGCCAGAUGUAGGUAACAUUCAAGUAUAGGUUGCGAAAUCCAGAAAUGUGCCAGUGUGUUGGACGAUUUUUCGAAGGAUGCAAUCAUGUUCACGUCGAAAUCGGUUGUCUGCUACCUUAACUUCAUUCCCCUGCCUUUGUUUAGAUCCUGCCUGAUUUCUAUAUAGGAUAUGGGACCUUUUCUAGGUUCUUGUUAUUAUUCUUGCGCGAAAUAUUGUUUUACUCGAUGCCGUUAACGUUUGGCAGAUGCCAGUCGGAACGCGCUGACCAUAGUCCUCAGAUCUUGCCUAAUUCCAACUAGGUUGUGACUCACUGCUCAGUGGCCCUACUCACAGGAUUGUGUCGGACAACGGAGGGUGGUUGACGGCACUAUUCGCCAUGGUUUAUGGUCGAUUGAUCGCGCCUAAAAGUGUUACCACAGCACGGCCAACGACUGCCUAUUUCGCAGACCAAAAAGUCUGCCUAUCCCCCUUAGUCAGCCUUUCACGGCGGGCUGUUCCGCUGCUCAUCUUUCGUGAACGCACUGGAUAGCGAACGCGUAAACUAAUAGCCAGGUCCGUGCUCCCUGAAGUUCCCGUUGCCCAUUUGCUGCGAGCCGCGAAAUCGAUCCGCGUUCGAAGGUAUGCCUCCGCCAAUAUGCAACUUUUUCCAUCUAAUUGACCAGGAUCGUUACUGCUGGUUACCUACUUACCCAUAAAGUGUCCAUCAUCGGUGUUAUUUCUCUCCCAUUUGUGCUGUGCCCCUUUGGCUCGCCGAUCCCAUAUUCGUCAUAAUCACAACGAAAAUUCGCGAAUUAUAUCGUAAACUGUGGAGCCGUCUAAACCAGCUUUAACGGUUGUCAUUUUAGUCUGUUUCCCAGGCUCUAUUUCGCAAGUUCUCACCAUCAUUGGACAUUCUGUCACAGGUUGAUCGAUUUUUCCAGACAUGAAUUGACUAUUAGAUGCUGCUUAUAAUAAUAUUGAUAGUGCGAAUUAUUUAGUGAACGAUUCAUCCCGCCAGUCGAUUUUUGGCACUACCUGUUCAAAUCUCACGCGUGUUUUGCCUAUCCAGACUUGGACACCCCACCACCCUACCCCUCGGGCAAUGAGUCUGGCAAGAAGAAAGUGGAAUCUUCCGAUGACUCGGACAGUGAUCACGUCUAUGCAGGAAUGCCGAAUGAUCACACUGGCGAUCAGGAUGCUAGCGGUAAGGCAUCCCCUCCUGCUGCGCCGAAGCCGUCAAACUUCAAUGAUGACGAUUUUGAUGACCUCUCUGCCAGGUUUAACCGCCUAAAGCAGUCCAAGUAA